CAGUGCAGAGGCGUUUCUGCUUGAGGUGGAACCCCGCACGCAUCUGAACUGGAGACCAGCGGGGUGAUGGACUGGCCUCGCUGAACACAAGCCUUUCUCUCCAGGACCCUACUGCAGUUCCGGAAAUUGACACUAGGAGGUAAUCCCGCUUUCUUAGCCCCCUUCCAGGACCUGCCCAGCGCCGCACAGCCUCUGAGAUAUCCAGAAACUUUCAUGCCCAGGCUUCCCUCCCUCAGACAGACCUUUAUGAAUUGCUCGCUGCCCUAGGUUCCCAAGAGUACCUCCCAGUCCUCAGUCUAAUGGCUGUCUUGAUCCUAUCUUCUAUGGCACAGGCAAGCAGUCCUGGCCUUUCUUCUCUCACAUUCAGGGGCCCAUCAGCUUCCAGAUGUUGGCAAAGCUGGGUGACCCAGAGAGUGGGAAGCCAUGUGCUUGCCUAACUUACCUCUAACUUGCUCCAUAGUGGCUCCUCAGUGUUGGGGGAGAUAGAGGGAGCGGCAGAGAAGACCAAGCACAGCUAAGGGAUGCCAGGCCACUUCCACUGAGUCAUCCAACAAAAUGAUGUUGAGCACUUACUCUGUGCCUAGCCUUGGGCUAGCUGCUGGGGUCACAGAAGUUAGUAUAGUACCAUCCUUGACGGUCAUAAUCCAACAGUGGCGAUAGGCCAGUAACAGUAAAUUUAUAAUUAAUGCCAGAAAAGUCAUUGAUAAAUUUGUUCAGAAGUCACCCAUUCCACAAGUGAGUGCACUGUGUGUGCCAAGCACUGUUCCAGGCUCUAGGCCCCCUUCGUGGGGCGUACCCGAGGACGUGGCCAUAGCGCUGUGAGAGCAUGGAGGAGCGGGGAACAAAUACCUGCCAAACCUGGCAGGAUCAAGGGACAAAUUACGUCGAAGGUGGGUGUGGAGUUCUAAGGGGCAGAACUGUGAGGGUUCGGGUGCGACUGCGAUUGGGCUUCCCUCUUAGACGAAGUCUUUCCUUUCUGGGGCCCAUAGAUUCUACUUUGCUAAAGCGGAAGGCUCUUGGCCAGGAUCACCGCGGUCCUGGCUUAAACGAGCAGUCCCAGCGUAAUGACUAAUAGCGACCCCUUUACUCUCAAAAGCUUUCACGUUUGCACAGUACAUUGUGUGGUCACCCUAUUCUUGCCAAACUUCUAGGCAAGGCGCAAAAGAUGACCCCCACCGAGGGCUCUCUGGGUCUGGAGUGGCCCGGACAAGGAGGUGAGGAGAGGGGCGGCAACAGGUUACUGGGUCCAAGAUAACUUCCGGUCGCGCCGGGAACUCGCUUCUACCGCGGGAAACCUGCGGCCGCGAGCGGCUCUCCCCACCAGGGGCGCUGCCGGGUUGGCUUGGACGAGCCGGGAAUGUGCCAGAGCUGGGCUGUAGGCAGAGGUUUCUGCCCUGGGAAAAGUGAUCCCAGUCAGAGAGCUUUCCUGCUCCGCGCAGAAGGCUCCACUCCAGAUCACCUGCCGUCUGCAUUAGGGAAACACAAAUAGGUGCAACCAAAGGUCAAAUAAUCAUAAAGGAUACAUCUACCGAGUACCAACAAUGUGCCAAGCACCAAACUAAGUUCCUCAUAUUCACUGUUAUUUCAUUUUAUGCGCACACUAAUGCUAUAAAGUUGUCAUUGCUCUUUUCCCCGUGUUACAAAAGCAGAAACUGAAGUUAAGAUGGUGGAGCAAUUUGUCCAAGGUCAUGUGGCUAGAAAGUGGUGAACCAAGAGGCAGUAUUCAAAUCCAAGCACACUGUCCAUUCCCUCAAUGCAAGCUAAGGAAGAGGGAUCCAGCUGAUUCCUCAGGUCUGGAUUGUGCAGAGUGUACCUCCUGCAUGGAGCUGGUCAGCAUGGGGGUGGUCCUCUCAGGGACACAGUCCUUCCAGCUACCACCUCGUUUUCCCCAAAGCCUACCUCUUGGGCUCCACUGCUUUCUGGGAUAUAUGGAGUGGAGCUUUAAGCGGGCCUUGCUUGCUACAGACUCAGUACAUACUCCCUGUUGAGAUGAUUACAGCAGUAUUCCUCCACAUACUCAUUCCCCAACCCUUAGGCUGGAUUUUGGAAUAAGAGCCAGAGACCAGCCUUCUUAUCCCUCCCCAGUUACUAGCUGUGACACUAUGCACAUAUGAUGCUCUUAGCCUCAGUUUCCUUAUCUACAGAAAUAAAUAUAAUGAUACUUACCUAGAAGGUCUAUGUCGAAGAGUUAAUGAGGUAAUCUAGGAGAAAGCUCACUGCUAUAGCAUAAUGUCUAACACAGAACAUAGAAUAUGUGAUCAAUAAACUCUAAAUGCUGCUUUAAUCUGAUAGUGACUCUCAAGUCCACCUCCUCCCUGCUUCAUAACUUCCCCCUCAGAACUGCUAUGGCUUUUCUUGUCCUGGCCACUUACUGGCACCUAAUUAUGAAGUGUGAGCAUUCUGAUUUGAUAUAACAGAAACUGAUUGUGGGGAAUAACCUGAACAUUGCUGAGCACAGGAAUACAGAGGUGCCUUAAGGAACUCAAAGGUGCAGAUACAGAUCCACCAGCUUCUACCCCUCAGAAUCUCAUGUGGUAGUUGCCAUGAGACAGGUAAAGGCUGACUGCUGGGCUAGGGAGAGAGAGGACUGAUGUAUAAAAGCAGGUGAAUUUGAGCUAGGCCUUGAAGUGCAUUAUGAUUUCCAAGGGUGGAAAAGGAAAGGCAUUAGGCAGGCCUCAAGAAAACCAAGAGCAAAGGCCUGCAAACAGUGUGAUGUUUGAGGACAAAAAGCUAGAACACUAGGGAGUAGGGCAGUGGAGGAAAUGCGACCAGCUGUGGCCAGAUUGUGAAAGGCUUUGAAUGGGCCCUUGGAAAGCUUUGGUUGGGGAUGAGAUCAUCUGAUGUGGGUUCUAGAAAGAUGGGCGGUGGCUUGGGUGGAGUUCACAGCAGAAAAGAUGAGACCUGAGGCAGAAGCAAAAGAGAAGUGAGGGCCCAACCUGAAGAAAGCAAGAGGAGACUGGGAAGAUUCAGGGGAGACAUUUCUAAGGAAGGGCCCACUGAACUUAGUGUCGAGUUAGAUGUGGGGGGAGGGUGGCAGAAGAGUGCAAGGUGACUCUUGGGAGACCUGGCAGAUGGUAAAGUGACAUCAUUGUCCAGGCGGAGGAAGAGCUGCUGGCGAAGGUCACGUGAUUGAGCUCACUCCACCAGUGGACAUGAGGCCCCUGCAGGGCAUUAAGUAGAAGAGACCCAGCACCUGUGAAACAGUCAGUAACUAAUAAAUAUUUAUUAAACAAUUGCAUGAAUGAGCUUCCUCAUGCUUCAGUUUCUACAUUUGUAAAUGAGAAGAACCUACCUUAUAGCAUUUUAUUAUAGGAUAUUAUGCAAAUCAAGCAUUGUACAUAUACCUAGAAAAUGCUCAAUAUAACUUAAUUAUUAUUAGUAAUUGUUAACUGAUUGAAGACGUAGACCAAAAAGAAUAAUUUAAUUGACGUAAGUGAGUAAUUCAUUUUUAAAAAAUAGACUCUUUUAGAAUGGCUUUAGAUUUACAGAAAAAGUGAGAAGGUAGUAGAGCAUUUCCAUAUACCUUACAACCAGUUCCCCUUAUUAUGAACAUCUUACAUUAGUAUGGUAUAUUUGUUAUAAUUAGUGAACCAAUAUUGAUACAUUAUUAUUUACUGUAAUAAAGUCCAUACUUUAUUCAAAUUUCCAAGUUUUUACUUGGAAAUUCCAAGUUUUUACUUAAUGUCCUCUUUCUGUUCUAGAAUCCCAUCCAAGAUAUCACCUUCUAUUUAGUUAUCAUGUUUCCUUAAGCCCCUCUUGACUAUGACAGUUUUUGAGACUUUAGUUGUUUUUGAUAACCUUGACAAUUUUGAGGAAUGCUGGCCAGGUGAUUUGUAGGAUGCUCUCUAUUGGAAUUUGUCUGAUAUCUUUUUUUUUUUCAUGCUUAGUUGAGAUUAUGGAUUUGGGGAAGGUGAAGUACCAUUAUCAUCACAUCAUAUCAAGGGUACAUACCAUCAACAUGACAUCAACCCUUGAUGUUGACCUUGAUCACCUGCCUGAGGGCAAGGACAGCUGAUAGCCCAGAGCAGCAUCAACAAAUAGAUACCUAGAUCUGCCUCAUUUUGGCGAUUCUUCGUCCCUGUACCUGUGGCAUUCUCUGCGCGUCACUUGUCGGCCUGCCUCUCUUGCUCCGGGUGUUUGACAUGGCCUGGCCACUAGCGCCGGGUGCGUGCUGUAGGGGGAGGUCCCAGGAGGACGCCGGCGGGUGGGCGGGGUCAGGGACGUUCGGGCAGAUAAGUGGGCGGGGCCCCACAUAUACCGACGGGUAGCGGCGGAUCGACGCGCCCCGCCACGGCGGACUCAGUCAGUGGCAGCUAGUGGAACCUGCUUCUCCGAGCGCAGCUGAGCCUGGUCCCAGACUGUCCCCGGAGCGGGCCAUGCCCCCGCGGGAGCUGAGCGAUGCCGAGUCUUCCCCGCUCCGUGCCCCGACCCCUCCCCCGCGGCGGGGCAGCGCGCCCCCCGAGCUGGGCAUCAAGUGCGUGCUGGUGGGCGACGGCGCCGUGGGCAAGAGCAGCCUCAUCGUCAGCUACACCUGCAAUGGGUACCCAGCUCGCUACCGGCCCACGGCACUGGACACCUUCUCCGUGCAAGUCCUGGUGGAUGGAGCCCCUGUGCGCAUUGAGCUCUGGGACACGGCGGGACAGGAAGACUUUGAUCGCCUUCGCUCCCUCUGCUACCCGGAUACCGAUGUCUUCCUGGCCUGCUUCAGCGUGGUGCAGCCCAGUUCCUUCCAAAAUAUCACAGAGAAAUGGUUGCCAGAGAUCCGCACUCACAACCCCCAGGCGCCAGUGCUACUGGUGGGCACCCAGGCAGACCUGAGGGAUGAUGUCAAUGUACUGAUUCAGUUGGACCAGGGGGGCCGGGAGGGCCCCGUGCCCCAACCCCAGGCUCAGGGUCUGGCAGAGAAGAUCCGGGCCUGCUGCUACCUCGAGUGCUCUGCUUUGACGCAGAAGAACUUGAAGGAAGUGUUUGACUCAGCCAUUCUCAGUGCCAUCGAGCACAAAGCCCGCCUGGAGAAGAAACUGAACGCCAAAGGGGUGCGCACCCUCUCCCGCUGCCGCUGGAAGAAGUUUUUCUGCUUUGUUUGAAUGGCUAUGGCAGAGUAGGGAGCAGUAGGAAUAAAGCCACAGACAUCUGGAACCUGGGGAGGGGACCUUUGAGGGGGCUACUGGCAAGGCCAAGCCACCCCAUGAGACUCAGUUCCAUUCUGAACACUGUGGAGACACAGGCCUCUAACUGCCCACUUGUAUGCCAGGAUGAGCUUAGGGCCUGGAGGAGGGAAGGCUCUGAUUUAGAUUUCUGUGGUCAAGGUUUACAGAGAAAUCCCAGCACUUUGAUUUUCAUGGGAUAGUCCUAACAGUGUCAGUCACCUCUAAGCAGUUUAGAAUCCAAUUCCGUUUCUUACUAUGGGUCCUCAGGUCAGCCUGACUGAAUUAGGACCCUUAGUGGUGGUUCCCAUCCCCUCCUUGGCAUAGGGAUAAGGGAAGGCCUAGAAAAUAGCUGGGCAUCUUGGAGGGCUGGAAGCAGUCCAGCCUGAUUUGGAGAGAAGUUUUGGAUAUACCGGGUAAGAUGGAAGUCAGUGAGAGUUUGAGAGGUAGCAUAAAGUGAGGAUUUGGAUCCUUGGAACAGGAGGCAGGCUGGGAGGAGGAGGCGGAGAAGAGAGCUAGGCCUGGAAGGAGGAAGAGUGGAGAGAAGGAGAGCAGAGAAGUGGGGCAGCUGAGGAGCAAGGCUGACACCUGGGCUGCCCUCAACCCCCAAGGCCAGGGAGGGCGGGGCUGGUCCCUGGGAAGAACUGGGUCUCAGGGCUCCCUAGGCACUGCCCAAACUGGCUGGGCCAGGAGUGGGGCAGGAGGUUAGAGACAAGGCCCAGGUGAGAGGAGGGGGAGGAGCUGCAAACUACAGCCUGAAGGAAGAAGGGACUGGGGGUCACCUCUUUCUUUAAAGUCACAGCCUAGAAGGUAGGGCAGUGCAGAGUCUGCAAAUAAAACCUUAAGUUUCUGAA